GGGAGGCUCUGCUGCACUAGUAUAAACUGAAACACGAGUUGUUUCUGUCUGUCUGUCUGACAGUGCUUUGAGGAAGUGAAAUUCAGUCCGGCUUCGUCACGGCCAGGAAAGGCUGGCUGAGGGCGAGCUGACGCUGGGUUAGCUUUGUUUGCAGCGGGAGCCGAGGUUUUGGAUGGAAUAAGCUGACGGAGGAAAAGAUGAACGAUCGCUGGUACCAUGAGGACAUCUCCCGGCCCAUGGCCGAGAGCCUGCUCGCCAAAGCCGCUCAGGACGGCAGCUUUCUGGUCCGGCACAGCGAGUCCUGCGAAGGAGCACUAGCCCUGUGCUUGCUAUAUGAAAACUGUGUCUACACUUACAGGAUUUUUAUAAAUGAGGACAAUUUGUUGUCUGUUCAGGCCUGUGCAGGGGUCAAGCCCAAGAAUUUUGAGAAGAUGCCGGACUUGAUAGAAUAUUACAAACAGGAGAACACUGGGUUGGUGACAAACCUGCGGUAUCCUGUGGAAAGAGCGGAAGAAGUGGAUGGACAGGAGGUGGCAGUCGGAGCUGCCAAUGUUGUUGAUUCCACUGCGAAGAUUCACAAUGAUGCCAGCAGGUCCCUGGUCACUGAGAUACUCGCACGGCGCCUUGAACAAGUGGACAGCGCCAUUUUGGCACAGGCUCCACAAGGAUUUUAUAAGGCUCUUUGUGACUACAUUGAGCAGGAUGUGCUCAAAGAUGCUGAACACAUAAACUCCUCAUCAGUGGACAUGUGGCAGCUGCGGCUCUUGCUGAGUUUACUAACCAAAGGCCUUAGCAGUGAGCUAAUCCAGACAAUGUCGGCACUGGAGGCAUCCCAGAGUCUGCUUGACAACCAGCCAGCCCCUGGAGGGAGCGUGCAAAAUCAGAUUGCUUGUGAUGGGAGUGUCAGAAGAUUGCUCUCAACAGCUGAAGAACUGAGCAGAAUGCUCUCAACCAUUGAGAACCAGGUGAAAGAUUUCGAGCCAGAGUCUCCGGACACAGAUGUUGAAGAUCGACACUCUGAAAUUGGGCCUGUAACUUUUGAGGUGAAAUUGGAUAGUUUUGGAAUCUUCUUGAAACUUCAUUUGAAAGUGGACAUAGAACAAGGGAAGUUAAUUGUGAAGAAGUCAAAGGAUGGGCCAGAAGACAAGUUUUACAGUCACAACAGAAUUUUGCAGUUAAUCAAAUCACAGAAGUUCCCGAACAAGUUGGUGAUCAUGAUCGAUUCUGAGGUGAAGAAAACACAACGGAAGGAAUACGUCUUCACUGAUUCCAAGAAACGGGAAGGAUUCUGCCAACUCUUGCAGCUGAUGAAGAAUAAACAUUCAGACUUCUCAGAGCCUGACAUGAUCAACGUCUUUAUUGGAACCUGGAACAUGGGUAAUGCCUCACCGCCGGCGGACAUACGGUCGUGGUUCCUGUGCCAUGGCCAGGGGAAAACACAGGAUGACACAGCUGCUGACAUCCCCCAUGAUAUUUACAUCAUCGGCACACAGGAAGACACACAGGGAGAGAAGGAGUGGGUGGAGCUGAUCAAAUCCACACUAAAGGACAUCACCUACAUAAAGUUUAAACAUAUCGCAACACAGACCCUAUGGAAUAUCCGGAUAGUUAUUCUGGCAAAACCGGAGCAUGAAAACCGGAUCAGCCACAUUUCUACCAGCAGCGUUAAAACUGGCAUCGCCAAUGCUCUAGGUAACAAAGGUGCGGUGGGAGUGUCUUUCAUGUUUAACGGUACAUCCUUUGGAUUUGUCAACAGUCACCUGACCUCAGGAAGUGAGAAAAAGCUAAGGCGAAAUCAGAACUAUAUCAAUAUCCUGCGCUUUCUGAGCCUCGGAGAUAAGAAGUUAGGUCCAUUUGACAUUACCAAUCGGUUCACACAUCUGUUCUGGCUUGGAGAUUUGAACUACAGAGUGGAGCUUCCAACACAGGAGGCUGAGAAUAUUGUGGAGAAGAUCAAACAACAGCAGUACCAGGAGCUACUAACCAAGGACCAGCUCAUCAUGGAGAAGAAUGACAAGAAGGUUUUCCUUCAAUUCCAGGAAGAAGACAUCACCUUCCCUCCAACUUAUCGCUAUGAACGAGAUAGCAGAGAGAUGUACAACUUCAUCAAACAGAAGCCUACAGGACUAAAGUACAACCUGCCAUCCUGGUGUGAUCGAGUACUAUGGAAAAGCUACCCCAACGUACAUGUCAUGUGUCAGUCUUAUGGUUGCACCACAGAUAUCGUCACCAGCGACCAUUCACCGGUAUUUGCAACUUUUGAGGUGGGAGUUUCAACACAGUUUGUGUCAAAGACUGAUCCCAACAACGCUGCCUCUCCUGGCACAAUCAAUUUUAUCAGGUGUGAAGCCAAGCUGAAAACUAAAUCCAAGACUAGGUUCUUCAUUGAAUUCUACUCCAGCUGCUUAGAAAAUCUCGUGAAAAGUGCUGAAGGUGAGAACCAGGAGUCAAGAGAUGAGAAUCUGACAGUUGUGUGGAGCACUCUUCCUGAGUUGAUACCCAUUAUCUCUGAUCCAGAGUAUUUACUGGACCAACACAUCCUCAUUUGCAUCAAAUCCACUGACAGCUACGAGUCCUAUGGUGAAGGCUGCAUCGCCCUGCAAGCCAACUCAAAUGAGAUAACAUUCAAUAUUCCACUGGAACACCGUGGUGAGGAGACUGGGACUUUCAGUGGCUCGUAUAAACUGAUCAUUUCAGAGCGAAAACAACGGGAGAAGACUUACGAUUUUAUCCAGUUGGAAAAAGAUGAAAUGAUUUCAGUUAAGCAAAGCAAAGCAAACACUCAUUCAGAGUUUCCGAAAACCUGGGACCGGCCAGGAAGGGUGACCCAGAAAACGUCAGCACAACUCUUGGCUGAGGAAGCAGCUGCCAAGGUCCGAGAUCGAGUGCCGCUACCAAGCGUCCCAGACACUACUUCCAAAGACAAUAGCAAGCCCUCAAGCAAUCCAGAAAGCUCACGCAGUAAAAACCCAGCCAUGAUCCACCCAAGGGCAGAGAUCCCGCAGCCUGUGUCACCGGAGGAGAAGCCAAUGUUGCUGAUCAGUAAUCCCUUGUACGAAGCAGUUGACCAGAAACAAGGCGCCAUCUUGAGGAAAGAGCAGGUUGUCCCGCGGAACCUGAGGAAAGGUGCCCUGGCAAAAGUGGAGAGGUUCUCCUCUCCUUUGCUACACGCCACCAAUAAACCGGCCCAGCCGGGAGCGAGCAAGUGGUCAAACCGACAGGAGCUGCUGCCUGUACCCGAGAGCAGGAGGCGGUCGCACACCUGCUCAGAAUUGAGAAGGCCAGGCCAAGGGACACCACACUCUGGUCAGGUAGAGGCCAAGGCUGACCAUUCCAUUUCGGGGGUCACCUCACUUAGUGAGCAACCCCCUUCACUGGCCAGGCCCCCGCUGCCGAUGAAGAGUCAGAAAGUACUGCAGCUACAGCAUGCGACAAAAGACUACAGAGAAACCUCGGUGUUACCAAACCACACCAAGCACCAUAGCAACGAGUCCUUGGGGCAACAGGCCAGUGUGUCGUGACCAAAACCCCACUCAUGGUGAGAUGAAAGUUCCUUGUCAGAAGUUUUCAGAAGUGCAAAGCGUUUUCUGCUUGUCUUUGGCUUACACACACUCUUGACAAAUGCAAAUUGUGGUUAUUCUAAAGAGAGAAUCAGCAGAGCCGGAUGUCAGGAAUGAUGCAGUGAAUCUCUCAGUCACCUCCCUCUUCUCCAUGAGUUGGAUAGCUAGCUGUCAGGUACUGUUCAGAGCGGAUGCUCAGCAGCUAGAAGUGAGGAGGCUUGAAGAACCAUCAAUGUUAUAGGAUUUCCAAUACCAUGCCCCCUUCGAUGGACAUGUUCUUCAUUAGGAUCUGGUGGCCAGCUAUGGAGGACCUUCAUAUACCUUCAGUAUGAGCUGACCAGAGUCUAUCGCUGCUCCACCAUUUGGCUGAACCAAUGGCGACUGGAGCCAUGUUCUGUACUCAUGGGCCCCGUGGUUCAACUCAGGAAAGGACACUUGGAUGAACCGUCUACUGACCCUCCCCAGCUGGACACAAACAAUCAAGAGCUUUCAUUUCUUUAGCACCUCUCGAACCCAGGAUGACCCAAGGACAGUUUUGAAGUGUAAUCACUGUAUUUUUUUAAAUAAUGAUCAUUGCUAGAUCCACAUUGCUUAUCACUAUUCGUUAAGAGUCAGUCACAUUGCUGGAGGUCUGGAUUCAGAUGUAGGCCAGACUAAGAUGGCAGCUUCCUUCCCUUAAGGGCAUUAAUGAACAAUGGUUACCAUUAGACCCAUAAUUCCAGAUUUUGAUUGAGUUUGAAUUCUAAGCAUUCUGCCUUGGUGGGUUUUAAACUCAGCUCCCCAAAACAUCACUGGGGUCUCUAGAUUACUAGACCAGUAACAACACCACUAGGCCAUUGCUUCCCCUUGUAGCAUAGAAAAUGCAACAGCCACUUUAUAUAGAGCAUGCUUCCAUAAAUGGCAGAGUAAUGCUCACUUGAUAAAAGCUGCUGUAUGGAUUUGUUCCAUGUUUGUUAGGAUAUCAAUAAGGAAUCCCUGUGCUUCUUCCAAUAGUCCUAAGGGAUCUUUACAUCUGCCUGAAAGAGGAGCCAAGACCUGGAUUUAAAACCUGCAAAUGGGAAUUCUAACGAUGCAGCACACCCCUCUGCACUGCACUACAAUGUCAUCCUAGAUUUUGUGGUAAAUUCCAUAACUUUCUGUCUCAGUGGGAAGAGCGCUUAUUACUGGUUUGUGAUGAGAAUGGGCUAAGUAGUUGAGGUAGUGGGAAAUGACCAUUGCAGGAACAUUGUCACCAGUGGAGAGGGAAGGAUGAGAGUGGUUGGCAUUGUGAUUUGAUUUAUGUGCACUCUAAAUCUUAUGUGCCUUCAGAUGUUAUAUUAGCUCAUGAAUUAUGCUGAAUAAUGUGUUUGUGAGGUGACAGUGACUUGGCAUUGGACCAAGCGAGGCAUCAAGGAGCUCGAGCAAAACUAGAGUCAAUAGAAUCGGGGGAAAGCUCUCCAUUAGUUAGAGUCAGACCUAGAACAAAGGAAAAUGGUAGUGCUCUGGAGGUUAACCAUCUCAGUUGCUAACAAUGCUGCAGCCAUUUCUCAGCAUGAUGCCCUAGACCCAACUACCUUCAGCUGUUUUAGCAAUGACCUUGUCUCGAUCAUAAGGUGGGAAUAUUUGCUGAUGAUUGUACAAUGUCUCGUGUUAGUUGUGAGUCCUCAGGUACUGAAGCAGUCCAUGUUCAAAUGCAAAAAGACCUGGACAAUGCCUAGGCUUGGGCAGGUAGUGACAAAUAUCACUUUAUAUAACAAAAGUGCCAUUACCACAAGAGAGAAUCUAACCAUCCGCCCCUUGACAUUCAAUCCAUUACCAUCGUUGAAUCCCAUCUAUCAACAUUUUGGGGAUUGCCAUUGACCAGAGCCUGAAUUGGUCAAAUAAAUUGGCUGCAAGACAGGUCAGAGGUCAGGAAUUUUGUAACAAGUGGCUCAUCUCCUGUUUUCCCAAAGCCUGACCAGCAUCAACAAGGCACAAGUCAGAAGAGUGAUGGAAUACUCUCUACUUGCUUGGAUGGGCACAGCUGCAACAAUAUUCAACAGCAUUAUCCAGGGCAAACAUCCACUUGAUUAGCACCCCAUCUACCAGCUGUAAUUCCCUCCCCCGCUGUAGUACCAGUCUGUACCAGUCUCACCAAGGCUUUUUCUACAGCACAUUCUUUACCCAUGACCCAUGCCACCUUAGAAGGACAAUGGCAUGAAAUGUACAGCAUCAGCACUGCAAAUUCCCAUCCAAGCCAUGAUGAGUUUGAACAUAUCAACAUUCCUUUAUGGUCGCUGGGUUAAAAUCUUGGAACUCCCUCCUUACCAGCACUGUGGGAGUCCCUGUACCACAAGAACUGCAGUGGUUCAACAAGGCAGCUCAUCACCACCUUCUCAAGGGCAGUUUGUUUGGGCAACAGAUGCUGGCAUUUCCAGUGAUGCCCACAUCUUGUGAAGACUUUAAAUAAAAUAACAUGCCUUGUGUUCAAAAGCUUUGUUUCAUUAAUGCAAGCCCUUCCACACGGGAGAUGACCACUUCACGGGCGCCAAGUCUUCCCUGCUUUGGAGUUCCAAUGUGCUCCAUCUGAGAAGGUAGCCACCUCAUCCACAACUCGACUCCUUCCCUCAGCCCACACCAUUCUACCAGCAACUGCUUCCCUGCCUCAGAUCUUUUGUUAUCCUGUGUGCCAUCAAUCUCUACUGACAUUAUUCCAUUAACUAAAGUGCCAAGAAAUGCAAAGACAGCAUUUGCAUUUCUGAACUACCUUUCACAUCCAUUCCAAAAUCUCUCAGGGUCCAUUAACCCCAAAUUCAAGUGUAGUUUGGUGUUGUUUUAGAUGGGUGGUAAAGCGUGAUUUACAAUGCUGUCUGCAGUUCCUGGACACAGGGGAGUGACUUUGCUACAUGUUAGGAUCUUGAGGAAUUAUGUUCUCUGAAAUGUAAACAUUUCUGUUGAAUUUUUAUGAUGUUGCCUUGAAGUUGUAUGAGAACACCAAUGAAGAAGUUCGCAGGUGAAAUAAAAGAUGUUUGAAUCAA